AUGUCAUCUUCAUUCCCCUCCCUCCCUCAAGAGUUGCUAAUCGAGAUCAUGACCCAUCUCGACAGUCGUUCCAUCCUUCAGAUGGCGCUUGCCUGCCAUACUUUUUAUGGUGUUUUCCAGUCAACAGCCAUCCGUUACGUCUACGAGCUUGGAAUGAACUCUAUGCGGGACGCUGGAUCGGGCAAAUCGAUUGAUGAGCUACUUGUUCUCCUGCGAGGUCGGCAGAGGGCAUGGGCGGCUCUUGAAUGGAAGAAAUGCACAAUGGUGAAGAUUCCACCAGGAUACCGAUAUAAGCAAUCUGCUGGGAUAUUGGCGGCGCAGGCUGAGAACGAUAUUCUAGUCAUCUAUCUGCCAUCGUCCACCCAACCUAGUUGCACCAUCCGCAACCCGAUCGGCACACACUGGAUCCAGGAUUUCGCUAUCGAUGCUAAUCAGGAUCUGAUCAUUUUGGCGGAAUACACUGGAUUGAGGGACGAACGGCACAUCGGUCUUCACUGCCGCACAAUCUCGACAAACGAAGUCCAUCCAAAUGCAUCCCAAGGCGGUAUCCUUGAAUUCGAGAUACAUGAUCACAAACAUCGCGAACGCCGGCUGUUCUCGAUGAAGGUUUCGCUUGCGGACAACGUCGUGGCACUUUGUGGGUCGUGGCGCGAGGGUUUGAACCACCUGCUGCUUUGGAAUUGGACCACGGGCCUGCUCCUCUUUAAUUCAUUCGAGGAUGUGCUGCCAAGGCGUUCCAUGAACCUGAACCUCGAGUUCGACUUCCUCCGUCAGGACGCAUUUCUCCUGGCAUCACCAAGCUUGAGUGGCCAGAUACUCAUCUACCGUUUCUCCCCUACGACGCCCGGAAUACCCGUCCACGUCGCCUCGUUUGGGCUGCCCUCCACUGCACCGCUGGCUGGCGUGUCGUAUAUACGGGUUAAGUCGGGGCAAUUUCAGCCACGGCCCACGCCAGGGAUGCUCUUCAUGCAUUUGCCUGAGUCGCGGAUGCACACCUUCUUUAUCAACUAUCACCGUGAAGCCUAUUUGUUAUUUGUCUGGGGUUCGACGUUCCUAAGAUAUGUGGAUGAAACUGGAAUCAGCGAAGCAGAAGAUGUGCCAUGGGAAACAUGGGGUGAGAGGGAGAGUCGGUUUAUGGAAGUGAACACUGUGGGUGCAAAUUAUCUAAACAUCCAUAGAAGCGAUGCUGUCAACGCUCAUGGCAGUCGUGUUGUCCACGGAUUUUUCAACCGAAGAAGCAUCGAGGUGCUAGAUUUCUCGAGCACUCGGCCAUGUCUUGCAUCUCCUCUCUGCAUGCGAUAUGGAUCCGACAAUCCUACCAUCGUGCCACGUACUAAUAAGAACUCCAAAAGGAUAUUCUCACAAGACGUUGUGACACGCCUCCCGUACAGGUCUGUAUUGAGGGUGAUGGUAGGGGAAUCGCACACGUAUAUGAUCGACGAGGAGCGCAUUAUCUCAUUGGAUGUAGGUCUUCUUUUACACUUCUUCCUCCCACCCGCCUAUUGA